GAAAUUGCAUCAGAUUUAGACUCUGAAAUAGUGAACUUGGAUAAAUAUUACGAGAAACUGAUAACAGCUGUCACCAAACAAGGAGAAGACUGGCACAGAGAAAUUAACAUUAUUGUCAAAAACCAACAAUCUGAAAUUGAAGAGAUGAAAACUAAACACCUGGCUGCUCUAAAUAAACAGCAAAAAGAAAUAAAACAGAUUACUUCUGAAGUAAAACAGAGAAUAGUUGAUCUUAAGAAAAUACUGGACUCCAAUGAUGCCUCCCUAACCUCUGCGUACAAAUCCAGAAAUGCUGAAUUCAGAAGUUUACCUCCUAAAGUCAAUGUUACAUUACCAAGUAUCUCUCUUCAUCAGAUAAAUACAGAACAGCUCCAUCAAAUGUUUGGUUCUCUGUCAGCAUUAUCCAUUACAACAGAAGAACAUGGCUUCAAAAUGAAGACACCAGUCAAAACACUGCUUGAUGAACCAGAGCUCAUCACCACCAUAGCUACUAGGAAUUUAAGACUACACAGUCUUACCUGUCUCAGUGAUGAAGAAAUCUGGACAUGUGGAUUAAGAAAUAUCAUGGAACUCUACAACCUCCAGGGUAAACUACUGAAGUCAAUCCAAACCAAGUCAGGGAGCGUACCACGUGACAUGGCAGUGACAAGGAGUGGAGAUCUUGUUUAUACUGACCCUGAUACAAGAACUGUAAAUAUAGUGAAGAAUGAACAGAUACAGGAAGUGAUCAGACUACAGGGGUGGACUCCUCACUAUGUAUGUAGUACCUCCUCUGGUGACCUCCUGGUUACCAUGGUCAGUAAUGAUUAUAAACAAUUAAAAGUUGUCCUUUACUCUGGCUCCACAGAGAAACAAACCAUUCAGUUUGACAGUGAAGGAAACCCCCUGUUUUCAUCUAGUUACUUUAUCAAUGAGAACAGGAACCUGGAUAUCUGUGUGGCUGACAAUAGUGCCCGUGCAGUAGUGGUGGUUAAUCAGGCAGGAAAACUCCGAUUUAGAUACACUGGUCAUCCCUCUACUACCAAGGGACCAUUUGAUCCAUUUGGCAUCACAACAGACAGCCAGAGCCAGAUCCUGACAGCAGACAAUAAAAACUGCUGUAUCCACGUCGUAGAUCAGGAUGGACAGUUCCUCCGUUACAUUGAUAACUGUUAUCUACUGGAUCCAUGGAGUUUAUGUGUAGACACCAGAGACAACCUCUUUGUGGGUGGGAUGUUCUUUGCAAAAGUGAAAAAAAUCAAAUACAUGUAA